AUGAGUACUUUGGUCCACAACACAGUCGAUAGGCUGGAUCGGCCUAGCGCCUAUUACCUGGCAAAGAACAAGAAACGCAAGUACAGCCAGGAUGAGUCUGAGAGGCCAGAGGACCCAGUCGACAAGUUGAAGGAUGCCACAACACUCUAUGUCGGAAACCUUUCUUUUUACACAACAGAGGAGCAAAUUCAUGAGCUUUUCUCAAAGUGCGGUGAAAUCAAGCGCCUUGUAAUGGGGCUGGAUCGAUACAACAAAACUCCCUGUGGCUUCUGCUUCGUGGAAUACUAUACCCAUCAGGAUGCCUUAGACUGCUUAAAGUAUAUCGGAGGCACCAAGCUUGAUGAGAGAAUUAUCCGUACAGAUCUUGACCCUGGCUUUGAGGAAGGACGUCAGUAUGGGCGAGGAAAGUCUGGUGGGCAGGUGCGCGACGAAUACCGUGAAGAGUACGAUCCGGGCCGCGGUGGUUAUGGUCGGGCAUACGCAGAUGACCAGCGGAGGCGGGAAGAAGAAGAGUACGGCAAGGGUAAGUAA